AUGGCAAAUUGUUCUCUAGUUUCUGGGAAGCUAUUCCUUUUAUCUAUUAUACUAUUAUUACCAUAUAUAAUUAAUUAUGCAAAUAACAAGGAAAGCAAUCACAAUGUAUCAUUUGCAACAAAUAAAGAAUUAACAAGAUUAUUAGCAGAACCAACAAAUGAUCUCGGGGUCAAUAAAUCCCUCGAAGACGAUUCUGUCGAUUCUGAAUCAGAUGAUGCUGUUGAUUCUGACGCAGAUGAUGCUAUCGAUUCUGAUGCAGAAUCUUUCCUUGGAUCCGACUCAGAAUAUGAAAUAGAUUCUGACCCAGAAUCUAGCCUUGAGUCCGAAUCCGAAUCCGACCCCGAAUUCGAUAAUGAAUCCGAUCGUAAAGAAAGAUCUAAGUUCUUUAGAAAGUCAAAACAAAAUAAUGAUGAAUCACAUCAAACAGAAGAGAAUGAUGCUGAAUCCAACCAAGCAACAGCAGAAGCAUCAUUAAAUGAUUUAUUUCAAGGUAAUGGUAAUCAAGAAGAAAUUCAAAAAACAUUUUCAACAUUACCACCCCAUAUGGAAAAUCUCAUGAGCCUCAAAGAAAUGUUAAGCAACGAUUUAUCGAAUAAUGAUGAAAUUGAUGAAGAAAAAAGGGCACAUAUGGAUGAAAAAAUCGAUAAGAUCGGAAAUAUGUUAACCGAUUUUAUAUCAGAAUUCAAUUUAGGAGAUCUUAUUCAACAAAAUAUGAGUGAAAUUUUAAAUCUCACUCAAAAUGGUGAACUAAACCAAGAUCCUAUCUCUUUCAUGAAAUUUUUAAAUGUUGCUUCAAGUCUAGCUAAUUCAUUCGCUGACACAUUCAAGGAUAAAAACGGAAAACCCGAUAAGCGUAAAUUGCAGGAACAAGGUAAAUUAAUGAAAGCACACAUGAAAAUGAUACUUAAAGAAGUAAACAAACCAUUGCCAGAAAAACAAACAGAAAACGAUACACUUGAAAAUUAA